GAGAGAUUAAUAUUAAAUUGAUACUUAAAACCCUAGAAGUAGAGGGCUCAUUCAGGGUAAUCAUGCAAAAUGAGAAAAUAGAGCCAAGGACAGAACUCCAAGGAAUGCCAACAUUUAACCAGCAUGCUGAUACUCAGAAGGAUAUUAACAAGGAAUUGUUAUCAAGAACUAAAUACAUAUGACUCAUGGAAAGGAACAAAUUUGAAGACAGAAGGAACUGCUGCAUCAUAAGAUAAGAAUUAAAACAUGCCCUUCGGAAUGAGUCAUUAGAAGAUAUUUAGUAAUCUCAGGAGUAGGUAGGGUGAAAACAGUGAUGGGAUCAGAAACAAGACUGCUUGGGGACAAGACCCAAAUGGAAAGUGGGCAAAAUGGAGAUAAUGAAUAUUGACAUGGUUUUAGGAAGAGAAGAGAAUAAAUAUGAUUAUCUUCCAACUACUGUGAAUGUGUGCUCAGAACUGGUAAAGCUGGUUUUCUGUGUGCUUGUUUCAUUCUGGGUUAUAAAGAAAGAACAUCAUCAAAAUAGAAACUUGAAAUGUGCUUCAUGGAGGGAAUUCUUUAAUUUCAUGAAGUGGUCCAUUCCAGCCUUUCUUUAUUUCCUGGAUAAUUUGAUUGUCUUCUAUGUCCUUUCCUAUCUUCAACCUGCCAUGGCUGUUAUCUUCUCAAAUUUUAGCAUUAUAACAACAGCUCUUCUAUUCAGGAUAGUACUGAAGAGGCAGCUAAACUGGAUACAGUGGGCUUCCCUCCUGAUUCUAUUUUUGUCUAUUGUGGCCCUCACUGCUGGGACUAAAACUUCACAGCAUAACCUAGCAGGACAUGGAUUUCACCAUGACGCCUUCUUCAGCCCAUCCAAUUCCUGCCUUGUUUUCAGGAGUGAGUGUCCCAGAAAAGACAAUUGCACGGCAAAGGAGUGGACUUUUUCCGACUCCAAGUGGAACACCACCUUCAGGGUUUUCAGCCACUUCCGUCUCGGCUUGGGCCAUGUUCUUAUUAUAGCCCAGUGCUUUACUUCUUCAAUGGCCAAUAUCUAUAACGAGAAGAUAUUGAAGGAGGGGAACCAGCUCACUGAAAAUAUCUUCAUACAGAACAGCAAACUCUACUUCUUUGGCAUUCUUUUUAAUGGGCUGACCCUGGGCCUUCAGAGCAGUAACCGUGAUCAGAUUAAGAACUGUGGGUUUUUUUAUGGCCACAAUGCAUUUUCAGUAGCACUUAUUUUUGUAACUGCAUUCCAGGGCCUCUCAGUGGCUUUUAUUCUGAAGUUUUUGGAUAACAUGUUCCAUGUCUUAAUGUCCCAGGUCACCACUGUCAUCAUCACAACAGUGUCUGUCCUGGUCUUUGACUUUAGGCCCUCGCUGGAGUUUUUUUUAGAAGCCCCAUCAGUUCUUCUUGCCAUAUUUAUUUAUAAUGCCAGCAAGUCCCAAGAUCUGAAAUAUGGACACAGGCAAGAGAGGAUCCGAGAUCUCAGUGGCCAUCUUUGGGAGCGCUCCAGUGGGGAUGGAGAGGAACUGGAAAGACUUACCAAACCCAAGAAUACCAUUGAGUCAGAUGAAGAUACUUUCUAAUCAGUGCCCAAAUAGUUGGCAGGUCUCACAACCAUGUUUCCACAUUUUCAGCAUGUAUAAUAUUCAUCUUUUCAUUUUGAUAAACCAAGAACAUUCCAAAGCAAAAUAACUCUUUACAAAUAUCUACUCCCUAAACAGUUUUCCCCAAGGCGUAGAGUACUCAGAGGCUGAAAAGAAGAUCUAAGGAAUUGACAUAAGAGUAAUAGUAUGGAGACUGCAUUAAUGACCCAGUACUUGAUAAAUCAACAAGAUAUGUUCACAGAUUAUUUUCUGUGUCGCCCAAGGUUCCAAAAACCUUGAAUAAUCAUGGUAGCUGUACCCCAUAAAUAUACAAAUACAGAUCAUUUUGCCAGAUAGUCAUAAUUAUGUAGUUCAACUCUGUUUGCCAGAGUCCUCACUUUUUUAUCAUAAACAUCACCCAGGUUGCCCCUGAAUUUUGAGGCCUGGAGAUACACAUUUUGCAAUUAAAAAGCAACAUGACUUUCUAAAAAAAUUGGUUGUAAGACUGUUCCAUCUGGCAACAACAUUGAUUUGAGGUUAACAUAGUCUAUGCUAAAUGUUCUACCAAAGAAGCUAUUUUUCAGAAACAAAAUCUCAGAAUUUUAAUUUUUAAGGAAUUUUGUUUUUAGUGAUUAUCAUUUGAUGUUCUACACAAAUAAGCUUCAAUUGGGGUGAAAAUUGGUUCCCAGUCACCAGUUAUCACUUGUAUUUUAAAUCACUUUAGCCAUGGUGGGUCUUUUUCUUCUUAGAUCGACCCUAUAAUUCUAGGGUAACUUACUAUUUUUUUCAUGUAACCAAUUGACUCUGAGGUAGAGAAGCCAAGUGAUAGAUAAUUUAAAAAUGAGAAAACAAGUGACUUGCUAACCCACAGUCUUGCAGCUGGAUGGUGAUAGGACAAGAGUGAGUUUUAGCUAAUAGGCCAGUAUGUUUACAGAACAGUACAUUUCCAUGCUAUUGAUGCAUCUCUUCUUUCCCCUAAUACAGAUGAACAUAACAUAAUACUAUUAUGUAGUCUAUCUGUGAUGUUCAGAAUAAUAUGGCAAGAGUUGGUGGAAAUUUAUAAAUAAAAUAGUUGUUAAGCCUAUGUCUUG